AUACCUACUCCCCUGCACACUUGCCUCUCUACCUCGCACACACUAUUCCCUCAUACAUACUACUCCUCACACACUAACCUCCCUACCUACCCACCUACCUCACCCGUUAUGACAGCGACGACGCCCUUCAAUCGCCAGGGCUACGUCAAGAAGAGGGCGGGAAAGAAGAACGCGGGCGACGCGGCGCUCAGCGCGGCGAAGAAGCAAGUCAAGACGGAGGAGACGCAAAAGAAGAGGGCGAAGAAGAACACGCAGGAGAUCGGGGAUGAGGGGGAGGACUCAGAGACGAAGAACGAAGGAACGAGCGAGGCGACGACGAGGAGGAGGAGGUCGCCGCGCAAGCACAAUAUGGGCUUGAGGUGAGUAUCUGCUUCCUCGCCUGUUGUACGUUGGAUAUCAGGCGCUGGGUACUGUGCAGUCAUUA